UUUUACCAAAUGAUCGCGACAAAGCCUAAGUGAAAGCAACCGAGAUCAUUAUAUAUAUUUUUGCGAUAACAACUAUUCUUGAACUAAUGUCUGCCAUGUCUACCUCAGCUAAUUUACCAGAAUCCGAACAUUCCGUACGGUUAAAGUUUUUAUCUGCUGCGUUCUACGCUGUCAGUUCUUUUUUGAUCAUUGUUGUGAACAAAACGAUUCUCACAAACUACAGAUUUCCCUCCUACAUGUUUCUAGGAAUUGGCCAGAUGACUACUACAAUCCUCAUUCUCUAUUUUGCUAAAAUGAACCAAACAGUUCACUUCCAAGACUUUGACAGAAGCGUUUUCGUCAAAAUCUUCCCACUACCUUUGCUGUAUGUUGGAAACCACAUAACAGGACUGGCUAGUACAAAGAAGUUAAGCUUACCCAUGUUCACAGUAUUAAGGAAGUUCACCAUAUUGAUGACAAUGAUCAUGGAAGCAAGGCUAUUGAGAAAAACAUUCCCUAAUCGUCUUAUCUACAGUGUUCUGGCCAUAGUUUUUGGAGCUUUGGUGGCUGCCAGCUCUGACUUGGCCUUUGAUGCAGAGGCCUACACGUUCAUUCUGCUUAAUGAUGUCUUCACUGCUGCCAGUGGUGUGUACACCAAGAAGAAGCUGGGAACUGAGGGUCUUGGAAAAUAUGGGAUCUUAUUUUACAAUGCAUUCAUCAUCGUCAUCCCAACUCUUCUGGCAAGUGCAUUUACUGGGGAUUUACACAAGGCCAUCACAUAUGAACACUGGUUGAAUGCCCCCUUUGUUUCCUGCUUCCUUAUUUCCUGCCUCAUGGGGUUUGUGCUGAUGUAUUCCAUAGUGCUGUGUAGCCACUACAACUCUGCACUGACCACCACGGUGGUGGGAGCAAUUAAGAACGUUGCUGUGGCCUACAUCGGCAUGUUUUUAGGUGGAGACUACCUGUUUUCAUGGACAAACUUCCUGGGGUUGAAUAUUUGUAUAUCAGGGGGACUUGUGUAUUCCUACCUGACGUUCCACAGCAGCAGCAAACCAUCCCAAAGCGAUGAAAGCGGAAUACAAGGAAACAAGGAUCAGCUGAUCAUUCCCAUGAUGGACGAUUCCAUAGACAGACUCCCUGUGAAAUAAGUGAAUAAACCUGUGAUGAACCAGAGCAAGUCAGAACAUUUCCUAUCAAGGCCUAAAACACACCAAUUCUGACUAUGGUCUGUUUAACACGGUGGGAGAGAAAGUGAAUUUCACAAUCAUCUACACAUGAACUUCAAGCUCUUGUACUGUAGAUCGUGUGCAGUCAUUUUUCCCCUUCUCUUUUUCUAACAAACAAGUUAGGGAAUAUAUUAACCAACGAAACAUUUUGAAACCAAAUAAUAAACAAAGAGUUAGAAAAACAAGAUAUAUACAUUAUACAUAAUUUGGUGCUUUGACUAUCAAAUAAUAACUGUCGUCCAGUUGAACCUGUACUCUAUUAAAAGAUUUAUAGGACAUGUUAUCCCACUGGACAGUGUGGUCCAUUCAAAGUCUAGUUUUAUUUACAUUUGUUUGAAUUGUAAAGUAAAGUGAAUUCAAAGGGAAAUCUUUUUUUUUUUUUUUACCAUGUCAUUGGUUAAAAGUUGGCUGAAAAAAAUACAAACCAAAAUUCCUUAAUGUUAAUGACUUUUGGUAAAUCCAAUCAGUUUUCCAAAUUGAUUUAACGUCAUAACGUUGCAUUUUUGUUGUUGUUGAAAUGCUGUGGAAACAACAUUGAUUCAACCAGUUUGUGUCCCAGUGGGAUACAACAUAUUUAAUCACAUAUGGCCAAUAAAGGAUCUGGGUAUUGCGAGAAGCACAAACCUAAUCAAACAACCGAAACAUAAAUUUAAAAACAAUUGACCAUUGAUCAUAAAACCUUUACACAAUGUUAAAAGAUGUAGUGUUGCUAACAAAUAAUAAAACAUCGCCAACGCCAAGCAAUCAUUACAUCCUCUAGACAUUUCUCUAGACCGGUCUAAUAAGUGGAAACGUUACACUGCAAACUUAAUCAAUAAAGGCAAAACUUAAUAGCAGAUAGAUACAAGUUCUGCUGCAAAGGUGAGUGACAUUCUAAUUGCUAUUAGUUGACAUGGAUAGAUACUAAAUCACUGAGGAAGGACAUGAUCAAUAAACUCUUCAGUGGAAUUACUCAGUAUGUCCGUACUCGGAGAAAGCUUGUGAUAGCAAAUCGUUGUCAUCAAUAAUGUCAAAUAAACAUGAUGAAAUAAAUACCUAUGAAGCGUUGAUUGCAGAGAAGACUUGUUCAUACACCCCCAAUGGCGCUACCAUGUCCGUAUCUCCAAUCAGCUAGCAUCUUUUAAUAUAAAAGAUGGCAGCACUUCUGACUUUACAUACCCUGGCUCUGCAUGUCUUCCUCUUCCUUCUGUCCGGCGAUGUGAUUUGGUUAGAGCAGGGACGGUCAACGCCUGCACAGCCAUAGCUCUAACACACCCGGGUCGACUGGUCUAAAUGGCCAUGAUAAGAUCACCAUUUGAAUCGGGUUUGUUAAGAGCUGAGAUGGAGCUAAAUCUGCUCACUCUGCGGCUCUCCGGGACCCGAGUUGUCCCUCCCCUGGGUUAGAGCUACAGGUCUGGGUGGGAUUCGUUUGACAGGUGAAGGUGUCAGAGCUUGGAUUCAUGUGAAAGCUUGUGCCUAGCUACUACUCUAGAUUGGACUUGCAAUGGCCACCUCUUCUUCUAACAGUGGGUUGCAUCCCAAUCGUCUCUACAGUGACUUCCUCCCCUCAUCUACUCUCCUUCAUCUGCACUGAUCUGAAAGAACUAGACAGGUGGAAGCAAGAUCCCCUGAUAGGCUUCCACCGCAUUGCUUUUCCACCUACUGUAUCCUGUCACAGUCCAGAUCAGAGCAUUUAGAUACACCUAAGUUAUCCUACGUCUGAACGCACCCUGUACCACUCCUUCCAUCUGAGCCGAAUCCACAUAUACAUCCAUUAUACGAAUACGCACACAAUCACAAGCACACAAUAUGCUUCACACAAUCACAAGCACACAAUAUGCUUCACACAAUCACAAGCACACAAUAUGCUUAAGUUCCCGAAGUAAAAGACGGCAAAUAACUCGUUACCACCAAAGUGCAAACAAAACAACAGCAAAAACAUUCAAAGUUCCUCUCUCCUCUUUUCUUUAGAAGGCAGAGGAGAGUAAAAACAUUCAUCAAAUAAUGACAUCUACAAUCAUAGCAGCCCAAUAAGGUAACAUUGGAAGCUGGAUAAGGUGCUUUAAGCUUGUGCCUGCCCCACACUGCAGGUGGAGGUUCCCUCCACAUACUAAUCU